AUGCCUAGCGCUUUGCCCCACAAAUACCACGACGAAAUCGAAGCCCAAGGCUUCACAGUGAUCCGAGAAUUCCUUACCCCGGACGAGAUUGCCAAAUAUAGAGCUGCGGCUGAAGUUGUAAUCCAAUAUGCCCGUGAAGGCAACUAUCCCUAUGUUAGAACAAGAGGCAAACAGUUUCCGCCAUGGCCAAAGAAUUUCAGUCCCGACAUCUGGGGAGUCAGUGGUCUCUUGCACCCAGACUUGGGUGAAAAAUCUACUCCCUUUCACGAAUGCUAUGCCAGUGAAAAGAUGUUGGCUGUCGUUGGUGACAUUUUGCAAGUUGGCAAAGAGGGUUUGUCUAUGGAGUUAUUCAACAUGUUGAUCAACCCCUUAACAGACUUCGGGUUGGACUGGCACAGAGACACGAUCAAACCGGAAGCCUCUGAACAGGAAGAAGCUCAGCAGUUGCUAGAGGAACCUUAUGCUGGAACGCAGUUCAAUUUGGCUCUCACUGACGAUAAGUGUCUUAUCGUUAUUCCAGGAUCUCACAAGCGAGUCAGAACUUCGGAAGAAAGAGAAAAGACUCUGAAUGAUAACAAAAAGGAAUUCAUAACCAAUCAAUUGAUUGUAGAAUUGAACCCGGGUGAUCUUGUAUUCUACAAUAACAAUAUUCUUCACCGAGCCGAAUAUUCUUGCAAGAGUACCAGAGUGACUUUGCACGGAUCAUAUGGCCAUGUUGACCAUGGCAGAUCUAGGGCAAAGGGGAUCUUGCAACAUGGUGUUGCUGAAUGGUUGCCUCGCUUCGAACCCAAAGAAGGAAACAUGGCGAUGUUAAAAGAAAAGUUGGUUAAACUUGCAAAGGAGUUUGAAUCUGUUGAUCUCGGAUAUGCUCUUGAAGGGUAG